CCAGUGAAAUGUGCUUUCCCAACGCAAACCCCUCGCACCACCAUCGGGAUGACGUCACGGUUCCAACACAACCGAGAGAAACGCACUGAGUUUUAAGACGAGGUGGUCGUUCAGUGCGGAAAAAAAGAACAAGAAAUUAGCAAUAUAGAUCACGCCGAAUAGUUUUUUUUUGAAGAGGAGCUUGACUGUCUGUUGAUAAGUGAUAUCAUUUCUCUGAAGGUGUCUCUGUUGUCUAGCAGAUGAAUUUUGAGCAGCCUCCUCCGUACCAGGGCCCAGGCCCCACGGCCCCCAGUUACCCUGCGCAGGGCUAUCCUCAGCAGGGAUACCCUCCCCAGGGCUACCCCGUCAACAUGGAGCAGCCUGGUGGAUUCCCUCCUCAAAACCCGGCCUACCCGGCCUACCCUGCUGGCCCCGGGGGCCCUCCUGGACCCUACCCUGGCCAGGGACAAGCAGGCCCCUACCAGGGGGCGUACCCAGGACAGCCCCAGUUUGGAUGGCAGGGAGGACCACCCCCAGGACCCAUGUAUGGAGAGGCACCCAAAAACACAGUGUACGUGGUGGAGGAGAGGAGAAGAGAUGAUUCAGGCGACACGUGUCUGACUGCCUGUUGGACGGCUCUCUGCUGCUGCUGCUUGUGGGACAUGCUCACAUAACGUCUGACCCCUGACAUUUACCUUUGACCCUUACCUGCUCUGACCCUUGGCCUCCUAACCCUUAACGCAAAGUCCCUUUCAUCUUAACCUAACCUUUGACCCCUGAGUCUAAACCACUGACCCAGUCUCACCUAACACACUAUCCCUCCAUCUGCCCUUACCACCUUAAUCCUUCUCUCUCUCCUUAACCUUUGCACUCCUGCUGUCCAGCCCCAACCACCGUACCACCUGACCUAGCCCCUCCCAGGGCUGUCCUCUGCCCUGAAGCCGGUGUAUGUUCUCUAAAUCUCAGGCGCUGUACUGUAGAUAAUGCUUCUUGUGGAACACAAACUCCUGCUCAAAGACAACACACAGAAUAUGCACUCAGAUCUCAGGCGUUCUACUGUAGACGACACACAUGCAUGCAUACACGCUCUCUCUCCUGGGCACUUUAACCUCUUACCUCUGCAAGGUACUUCUCCUGCAUCCCUCCUUCCGAACAAACCUCUAGUCAAACCACCCCUUAUUCCCUACACCAUAAAUCCUAAAACACCAUAUCAAAUGACUCUCUAUCUACGCCAUAUCAGUCAUGGCUACCUAGACCAAUGGAAGCCAGUAAGCUACAGUGUCCCCCACCUCCCUGUCAACCCCCCACUGUACGCUGCCGAAGUUUGAACCGUCCUCUCUGUUAUGUUUGCACAACAGCUACUGCCUGUUUUUCUUAGGAUGAAUCCUAUAACAACAAAUUGAAUGCAUUUUGAAAGACGAUGACAAUGAAAAUGUCAUGUUUGGUUUCAUGUAAUAUUGUUCCUAUGCUUGCAACAUUUUUUUCCUGUUUGAAUUUUUUAAUCCUGAAUUAAUAUGAUUUGAUUGCUAUUUUCUUUUUAAUACCCUCAUUCCUUGAAGGAGAGAACAUGAAACAUUUUUUAAAUGGUGAAUGUUUAUGUAGAUGACUUUGCCUUACAUGAGAAUCUUGCGUUAAGAAUAAAUUAUUCCCAAAACAGUCAA